AUGCAAAUCGCAACACCGAACCCUCUGCAAGACCUAAUCCCAUUGAAGGCCAUUGACGAGACACUCCCGACGAGACAUGAUCCGGAUGCAUCGCGUCCAGUGAUUGAGCUUCAUCCGGAGAACCAUGUGUACCGCGACUCUGUGGCACAACAUCUUGACUGGGAAGUGACUGCGGACUACGGACGCCCGGAUGGGGUGUUGAAACGGGUGUAUCUGGUUAAUGGUCUCUUCCCUGGUCCGACAAUUGAAGCACGCUCUGGUGAUCGCCUUAUAGUCAAUGUCACCAAUUCUUUGAAGGAUGAGUCGAUUUCGAUCCACUGGCAUGGCUUGCACAUUGAGAAUGCCAUGGAUGGAGCGGUUGGAGUGACACAGCGGCCUAUUCUUCCGGGGUCCACAUUUACCUACAAUUUCACCAUUCCCGCCGAUCAAAAUGGGACGUUCUGGUACCACGCUCACUCUGGCCUCAUCAGAGCGGAUGGACUAUACGGGGGGUUGAUUGUGCACGCUCCUUCUCCUAAAUCCACAGUCCGGGGCCUUUUGGCCCAUGCAGAUGACAAUGGGCAUGACAGCUACAGCAAGGAUAUUCUUCUCCUAGUCGGAGACUGGUAUCACCGAUUCGCGGAUCAGGUUUAUUCUUGGUAUAUGCGUGCCGCGUCAUUUGGAAACGAGCCGGUUCCAGAUUCAUUAUUGAUCAACGGGGAGGGUCGGUUCGAUUGCUCUAUGGCCGUCCCUGCACGGCCGGUGGAUUGUAUCAACCGACAAAUGAACCUUUCAUAUCUGGAUGCAAACAGUGAUAUUACCUACAGGGUCCGUGUCAUUAACACAGGCUCUGUGGCGGGCUUCACACUACGGUUCGAAAACAGGGACUUUACGCUCAUUCAAGUGGACAACAUUGAUGUUGAGCCACAAGAAUCCGAUUCUGCUGGCAUACUCUACCCAGGCCAACGCAUGGAUGUGAUCCUCCGUCCAAGCAACAACUCUCCAAGCUCAAUGACAAUCAACCUGGACAAUGAGUGCUUCAGAUACCCCAAUCCAGCUCUAACAUCUGUCCAAACCUUCCCGAUAUCGAAAUCACCGAACAAUUCAUCCCCAGUCGCCUCUCCAAGAAAUACCCCCAUAUCCCUCUCCGAUGUCGCCACCAAAAAAUCCCUCCUCUCGGCCCUUCCAGAAAAGGCCCACCAGACACACGUGCUGUACACCAAAAUCGAGAAGCUCUCCAGAAACCAUAACAUCCCCUAUGGGUUCUUUAAUCGCACUUCAUGGAAACCUCCGACCACUACACCACUUAUCGAUAUUCCUCGCGAAGAAUGGGAUGAGAAUCAACUUGUGAUAUCGACAGGAGCAAGCACGCCUCCACUAUCAUCCGAUCACGACAAUGGCAUCUGGAUUGAUCUAGUCGUCAACAACUUAGACGACAGUGGUCAUCCAUUCCACCUCCACGGUCACCACUUCUACAUCCUAACUACCUACAAGGCACCCAUAGGCUGGGGCGCCUAUAACCCUUUCGUGGAUGCCAGCCCGCCUGGACUGGCACCCCAGGCUACCAUCUCUCCGAGGAAAGGCACCCCCUACGACCUCUCCCGCGCUCAGCUACGAGAUACUGUCUACAUCCCCAGCCGCGGGUACGCAGUGUUGCGCUUCCGAGCAGAUAACCCAGGGAUUUGGCUAUUUCACUGCCAUAUAAUCUGGCAUCAGGCAAGCGGAAUGGCGAUGCUUUUACAAAUAGACUAG